UCCAGUCCUAAUGAACGACUUUCGUACAUGAAUGGGGGAAAACCCUAUAUGAUACUCUCACGUCUCUCUAAAGAGAAGCCAGAGCUGUCUUUCACACGUUACACUACAAUACACAACAAGAUGGCUAAUCAAAGCCCCUGGAGAUUUCAGGCUCUUGUCAUUUGGUGUGGAAUCCUUACUGUUACCAUGGUGAUCCUGGCAGGUUUCAUUAUUAACAUGAGUCAGACCAGACAUGUUCCCACCAGUCCUCCAUUUGCCGAUAUGUUCUCCGGCGUGCCACCAUCUGAUACCCCUCUGCCUUCAGCACACAUGACACAUAACACUUACAUCCAUAUGAUCAUGGGUGGUGAGAAGACAUGGAAGACUAACUCAAUGAACACCACACUGAAGCUUCAGGAUAACUCGGUGACAAUCCUGUUGAGGGGCCUGUAUCUGUUCUAUGGUCAAGUCACCUUCACGGGUGAAGAGGGUACAGUCAAUCUGUUUGUAGAGCGGACAAAUUUUACACAACAGAGAGGAAUCAGUAAAGCUGUGAAGGCACCUGGUAAGGGUGACAGCUGUGUGACCAUAACCGGUGUGCAUGAAUUCAACAAAGGUGACAAAGUGAAACUGAAUGUAACUACAAAAUCAUCUUUAAUGGAGGAUGCUGAAAAGACAUACUGGGGCCUUUUCUUGCUGCAUCAAAUUAAGAAGUAAAUUAUCUGUUUUCUUGAACUAUUUUCCACCAACACUUUGUGUUAAAAUGCUAGUGAAGCCCCCUCAUUAUUUUGAUGUGCAUGGAUAGAUACAAAAACACAUGUUUUAUGGAAAAGAAAUAAAAAUUAGGAGUAUGGAAAUUAAACUCAGAAUAGUAAUAAACCU